UUAGGGGAGCGCAGAGCGGACGCACCAGCGCAUUGACUUUGGACUUAGUCAUCAACGUUUAUUGUGGCUAUCUGGGAAAAUAUAUGUGUACUUGCCAGUAAAACCUUCAACACGUUUGUUUCAUUUUGCUGUCGAUGAUUAGUUGGAAUAUUGUUUGACAUGGAAUGAAAUUAACUGUAGCCUAAUAUGUUGAAUGCUAAUUGUGCAUUUUAGUGCUCGAGUAUGCUCGACUACCCGAUUGAGCUACUCACUCUAUAAAUCGUUUUCGAUGUUGGAACGGUCAGCAGAGGAUAAGGACAUGGACGACUUCAGACGGGUCGCCUUCCGGAGGAAACCCAGAACUUUUGUCGAAUCCGACAUGGAGCAUGAGGAAUAUUCAGAGAAGAAAGGCAAGGCCAGCUGUUUCCAGUCCAAGAACACUGAUGAGGAGGCCUGUGUCACAGUAAAGAUCGAACACACUAAAGCUCUAAGCAGCAGGCCCAGUGAACGCGGCAGCGGCCCACACAGUGCGAGAGUCAGUCGGACAGGUCUGUGUGGGAAGAGUCCCAGUGAGAAGAGCAGGAGGGGUGUCAAUGGAAGAGGCUUGGCCAGCAGGCCCUUACUGCAGCCCAAACCACAAGUGCCUCCGAAGCCAGCGCACCUCCAGAGCCAGGUGACGGUGCCUGCUGGUCCCCUGCUGGCGCUGGGGCGCGUGGAGAGAGGACUCUUCAGAGCCACCAUGGAGGAGGGAGGAGGAGGGGCGGUGACGGGGAAGAGCCGGGAGAAACCCUCCAAAGUCUUGGACCUCAUCAACCACUUUGAGGAGAACAGCCAGUCGGAAACCAAGAGGGAGGGCUCGCCACUGAAGCAGCUUAGCAAGUCGCCCCUCUGCAGUCCGGCUCACCGGUGCUACCAGAGACAGUCUGAGCCCAAGCAGCAGGACAACAACUCGGUGGAUUUAGGCUCUGUCCCAGGAACGCCACAGGAUGCCCACAAACCAGCGGCUAACGGGGUGCUAGCCCAGAUGGACAGAGACAGGGACAGGGAGAGUGGAUCCCCCCUGAGGACAGACACUGCCCUGGUGAAUGGGGACAUGGGGAACAGGAGCACAGAGCAGAGUAGGGAUAACUCCCCUACAAACACAGAGACAGAGACCCAUACCGAGACAGAGACCCAUACCGAGACAGAGACCCAUACCGAGACAGAGACCCAUACCGAGACAGAGACCCAUACCGAGACAGAGACCCAUACCGACGAGACAGAGACCCAUCCCGAGACAGAGACCCAUCCCGAGACAGAGACCCAUCCCGAGACAGAGACCCAUCCCGAGACAGAGACCCAUCCCGGGGAGGACAGUGAACCUACAGGAGAGCCCCAACCGGAACAAAGGAAGGAGGAGGCCAUUGUAGAGCAGAAGGUACCGGAGACCAAUGAACAGAAGCUGCACAAGAUUGCCAUUGAGCUCCUGAAGACGGAGAGAGCCUACGUCACACGGCUCAACCUGCUGGACCAGGUGUUCUGUGCCAAGCUGAUGGAGGAGGCUCUGAAGGGCACGUUCCCUGUGGACGUGGUGAAGAACAUCUUCUCCAACAUCUCCUCCAUCAACACUUUCCACAACCAGUUCCUGCUGCCUGACCUAGAGAAACGCAUGGGAGAAUGGGAGUCCACCCCUCGCUUGGGGGACAUCCUGCAGAAGCUCACGCCCUUCCUGAAGAUGUACGCAGAGUAUGUGAAGAACUUUGACAAGGCCAUGGAGCUGCUGAAACAGUGGACGGACCGCUCUCCACAGUUUAAAGCCAUCAUCCAGGACAUCCAGAGUCAGGAGGCAUGUGGUUGUUUGACGUUGCAGCACCACAUGUUGGAGCCGGUACAGAGAGUUCCCCGUUACGAGAUGCUGCUCAAAGACUACCUGAAGAAACUGCCUCAGGACGACCCCGACCACCGAGACGCAGAGAAGUCAUUGAACAUCAUCGCCAUGGCAGCCACACACUCCAACAGUGCCAUACGAAAAUCUGAGAAUCUAAAGAAGCUGCUGGAGAUCUAUGAGAUGUUGGGGGAGGAGGAGGAUAUCGUCAAUGCCUCCAAUGAGUUCAUCAAGGAGGGACACAUCCUGAAGCUGGCUGCCAGGAACACCUCGGCUAUGGAGAGAUACCUCUUCCUGUUCAACAACAUGCUGUUGUACUGCGUGCCCAAGUUCAGCCUGGGAGGGCCCAAGUACACAGUACGCACCCGCAUCGGCAUCGAGGGCAUGAAGGUUCUAGGGACCACCAACGAGGACUACCCCCACACCUUCCAGGUGUCUGGCAAGGAGAGGACCCUGGAGCUGCAGGCCAGCUCUGAACAAGACAAGGACAAUUGGAUAAAGGCUUUUCGGAAGACCAUUGAGAUCUUCCAUCAGAAGAAUGAGACGUUCAAGUCAGCCUCCAAAGACGUGUUGACGGCAGAGCUGGGGAAACGUGCCCCUCGCUGGAUACGGGACAACGAGGUGACAAUGUGUAUGAAGUGUAAAGAGUCAUUCAAUGCUCUGACACGACGGAGACACCACUGUCGAGCAUGUGGCUAUGUUGUGUGUUGGAAGUGCUCAGACAACAAGGUGGCCCUGGAGUACGACAGCAACAAGAUUAACAAGGUCUGUAAGGACUGCUACUCCAUCCUGACUGGAGAGGAGAAGGCCGAGGGCAAGAAGAAGGGCAUUCUGGAGAUUGAGGCGGCCCAGUUCUCCGGCAGCAGCAUCAUGUGUGGCUUCCUGCAGUACUGUGAGAAGAACAAGCCCUGGGGGAAGGUGUGGUGCCUCAUCCCAGAGAAGGAGGCAUUAGUUCUCUACCUCUACGGAGCGCCACAGGAUGUGAAGGCCCAGUCCACUAUCCCUCUGCUGGGUUACUCCGUGGAAGACAGCCCCCGGCCUGCCGACCUUCCAGCCAGCUUCCGUUUGUCACAGUCCAAAUCAGUCCACAGCUUCGCCGCCGAGAGCGACGAGCUGAAACAGCGCUGGCUCAAGGUGAUCCGGGUGGCCGUGACUGGGGAGGUGCCCGAGUGCCCCCCUCCCAACGAUGCCACGGGCACCAUGGCCAUGGAUGGCGCCCAGGAGACGAGCUCAGACAGCUGAAGAUUGCCAGAGACCUAUGUGCAUUUAUGCACACACCACUCCCAUGCUAUCCUCAUGGACACACACAGUGUGGAAACUCAGUGCUAGAUAAGCUGCCUCCCCUUGCCAAUCCACACCUCUCCUCGUUCCCUGAGUGGAUUCUACCAAUCAUAAGCGAGGCCAUGAUUGGACCUCACAGCUCCACCAAUAGAGCUGUGCAUUCCAAUCAUCAUUAGAGUGGAGCAGGGAGGAGGGGACCUCAGGACGGUCUCUGCUUCACUCAGACAGACAGGCACUAUUCAGAACAACCUGCCUGGGGUAUCUUGUACACUGAGGACACUAAGGUCCUCAGGCUUUACUGGGGAUGCCUGCAGGCCCAACAGAUCUCCUCCAGCUUCAUAGACAUGAAUCUAAUGAUGUGAAUCAAGAGGACUGGCUGUCUGGACCAGGGUUGGGGUCAAUUCCAGAAGUACACUGAAAUUCCAAUUCGGAAUAUUUGGAAUUGGACGAACCCUGGUCGGUACAUUGCAUCAGCCCUGUGUACCUAUACAUAUGUGUUACUCAGUUUUCCCUGACAGGAACAAAUGCAUUUUUAUGUACAGAGAAGUAAUGCUCUCCGUAUGUUUUGAUAUCUGAGUACAAUCCUGUACAAUGUGUACAUCAAAGUAUUUGCAGUGUUUAUGCUUUUUUUUCUUUUACUUAAACAUGGAUGAACAGUGUUUCAAACUAAAAGGGUCCUAGGACAGUAUCACUAGGAAAGUUAUCAGUCCUCACUUCUCCAAUCAUGUAGUUUCACAUCACAGUAGCCAGGAGCCAUGUUCUACUGGCAAGAAUAGAAUGAGUUCCUCUAGAGCCUGGGUCAAUGUCCCAGAAAGACUUUAGCAAUUAGCCAGAAUAGCAAUCGCGAGGAUCACUCUACACUUUAAUUGCUGUAAGUAACCCCAUAAGCAAACAGGAAAUUAUGCAGAAGUGCUCACCCAUCCAGAACAGGCUUCAAUCCAAACAGGCUGAGGGAUGGCCUCUCCAGCCAGGCUAGGCAUUCGGGGUACUCUGCUGCACUCGUUCUAAGCUGGAUCAACCUUCCUCGCCUUGGAAUCCAAGAGAGUCACAAAGUGACCUCUUAAGCAACCACAUCCUGGUCACAGUAAUGUGUUGAAAAGUGUACUACUGCUGUGAUCAUUAGAGGAGCCUUUCUACUGUAUGAAUGAAGACAGACACAUCCAUAGGGCAGUAUUGAGGAUGAGAAUAAAUGGUUGUACAGCUGUAGUUACCUAGCCCCACAGCCCUUUUGUAGACAUGUAUAUAUCGGAAAUAUAGAAUAUACAUACAAAGCAUUUAUAUAUGGUGUGGUUUUCUAUGUAACUGACCACUGACCCAGAUCCUGUCUUUUACAUAGGGACAUCACCCCUCGAAGCGACACAGAGGUAAACAUUAUGACCAGGUGGGGAAAGAAAUGUAAAUGUUUUAAAUACUGUAUCUAAUUUUAUUUAAAAAGUAAUUUAUAAAAUAUGCGCAUGAUGAUUUAAAAUAAUUAGCACAAAAGUAAUAUCCCUCAAAUUUCCAUGUGUUCUGUCUGACUCAGCCAAGCCAGGUAGACUAACAGAUUCACUGAGGUUUUUUGUCUUGUCCCUCAAUGCAAACCAUAGAUAGCUGUCCCUCAAUCUCUAGUAAGGUGUCACUCACUCCAUCCUGUGAUUGCAGAAUCCUUUGUGUUGAAUGGAAGGGGGUAAUGGGGGGGGGGGGUAAUGUGCCUAUAACCUCUGUUCAUAGGUUCUACUGUUCCAAUCCUCUAUUAAUGGUCUGAGUGUGACAUGGCCUCACUGCAUCUCUCCAAUCGCAGUUCUGAUACAGACAAUGCAGAAGAGCACAACAAUCCUGUCUUAUGAGAUCUGAACGUAAAACCAGAUUUUGGACGUUUGUUCACUCUCCCGAUCCCCCUCCCCAAGGUUUGAGAAUCUACGCACUUUACGGUCUUAAUAUAAAGUGUACCUUGUAAGAAAAUAAAGUAAGUUUAAGUAUUAUG